GCGGUGGCAGUCGGCAAUUAAGAGUUUCUGCAAAGAAAUCUACCGUCUGUGCUGGGUGGGGGAAAGAGUCAGGCAAUCUGUUAGACCUCCUUGCUUUUUGACAGGUGAUUCGAAAGGCCUUCUCUGAUUGCCACUGUACCAAUGUCCCUCCCAGCACCAAAACAGGGACUGGUAGGUUUUGGCACAACUUGGGAACGUGAAUUCUACAAAUAUUUGCCGCCAUAUUGUUUGCAAGCACCGUUCGACCAGCAUGUGUCCAAAGACACCCAGUACCAAGAUUCCGUGGCGCGGUCAUGCCCAGACGCUGCACUCACCGCGUUCGCGCAGCUGGGUGCUUUGAGGCUGGAUGUUCAGUGGGCAAUGAUAUCACUCUUUGGCCCUAACAACCAACAUGUCGUUGCUGAAGCCACGCGAACAUUGAGCUUACAGAAUGACAUGCAUCAUAAUGAGCAUGACGAGUUAUGGCAUGGGUGCUGCACACUAUCAUAUGAGCGUAGCUUCUGCAAACAUGUCUUGGACCUCCCUCAAUCCGCCGAAUGGCCAGACAACACUAUCCUAGCCGUGCCGGAUCUUACGAAGGAUGGUCGUUUCCAAGAUUCUCGCGACGUCAACAGCUUUCCCCAUGCACGCUUUCUAGCCAGUGUUCCAAUUAUAUCUCCAAAGGGUCUUAUAAUCGGUGCCUACACAGUAGUGGAUAAUAAACCUCACAAUAUGCUGGACACGAAAUCCUUGAAAUUUCUGGGAGACAUGGCACUGACAGUCAUGGAUCACUUAGAGAACAGCAGGUCCAAACUGCAACAUCUUCGGGCCGAGCGGAUGAUGGUGGGAAUUGGGAGCUUUAACGAAGGAAAGGGCAGCCUCCGGAACAGAUGGCUGCAAUCUAGCAGACAGGACCAAAAUGCGGAGGAUGGUGACGAAGGCCUCGAGGGACAGAUCAAUCAGUUGCAACAGACAAAACAGAGAUCAGAGAACGCAACGCAGUCUAUGGCAGAUAUUUUCGCUUCGAAGCAUCUGCCACCACCCCAAUCACCCCGGCAGCGGCUUGGUGUCCAGGGUGUUCGUCAACGGUUUGAGCAACAGAAUUCAUUGCCUAAGUCAACGACUGACGGAAGUUCCCAUGCCAAGAGCGAAUCCGAGGGUGGCGAGAAGUCGCCCAGACAGGGGGACAACAUGACUCUUUCAAACCAGGUGGAAGGUGCAUUCUCACGUGCAGCUAACAUAGCCCGUGAGUCCAUUGAAGUUGAAGGAGUCGUAUACUUCAAUGCAAAUUUUGCAUCCUAUGGUGGCCUGGUCAACAACCCUAAGUCUGCUUCAGACUACAGCAGCUCCGAAAGCUCUGCCCUAAGCGACGAUGACAAUUCUUCCGCGGUCUCCUCAAGCCCGACGGGAUGUAAUCCAUCAAACACUUACGAUUCUGGCAAGUGGGUGGAUCCGUGUGAAGUUUUAGGCUUUUCAACCACGGAGUUGUCCAGCGUGAAUCACGAAGUCAUAAGCAACAGGAGCAUCGCGAUUUCGGAAUUGUUCGUCAAGGGUCUUUUGCACCGGUAUCCCCGAGGCAAAAUCUUUAACUUUUCUGAAGAUGGCUCGAUAUCCUCAUCUGAUGAGUCGAACGAUGGGAGGUUCAAGAGCUUCUUCCAGCGCGAAAAUGCGCCUACCAAACCUGGGGACAAGAGCUCGGGACGAGUUAGGACAUACAAGAGAACGCGGAAGCGGGUACUACAAGAAGAUGCGAAUGCCUUGCUUCAAUUCGCUCCUGGUUCCCGAAGCAUCAUUGUCAUCCCCUUGUGGGAUUCGGACAAGGAGAGAUGGUACUCAGGUUGCGUUGCAUGGACCAGAACCCCGCAUCGAGUCUUUACCUCAGAUGACGAACUGACUUUCUUGUUUGCACUUGGAAACAGUCUCAUGGCAGAGGUGCACCGGCUCGGCGCCGAAUAUGCGGAGCGGGCAAAGUCGGAUAUGCUAUCCAGCUUGAGCCAUGAAUUAAGAUCACCACUACAUGGGGUCUGUGGUACUGCGGAGCUCUUAAGCGAUACCUUGAUGGAUGUCUCCCAACAAUCAAUGGUUCACACAAUUGAGUCUUGCGCCAACACGUUGUUGGACACCAUUGACCAUCUUCUUGAGUACUCAGGUAUCAACCAGCUACGGAAAUCCACUUCAAGAGCCUCUGCAGGCCAUGGCGAUCGUCAUUCACCUCGAGGUGGUAUGCGGACAGGUGCCGACAAUACCCUCCAAGAUACAAUGGAUGGCUCCAAACAUCUGCCGUUUGUACAGCUUGAUGCCAUCUUGGAAGAGGUCGCGGAAAGCGUCUUUGCAGGUUAUGCUUAUUUACAUGGCUCAAUGUCCACCCUUCGAGAAACAGCUCCACCAGGCAGUUUUGUUUCAAGGAACCGCAAAGAAUCCGACUCCAGCUCGGGACCAGUAAGAAUAAUAUUGGAUAUUCGCCGUGCCAUGGAUUGGAGGCUCUUGACUCACCCGGGUAAAUGGCGGCGUAUUCUCAUGGAUAUCUUUGGGAAUGCUUUGAAGUUCACUUCAGGUGGAUAUAUUUUUAUAAUGUUGGAUGCAUCACCUAUCAAGAAUCCCCAGCAUGUCGUAGGGAAGCCUACAGAAUAUCAGGUCACCAUGACGGUGAAAGAUACAGGAAGUGGUAUGGAACAGGCAUACCUGGACAAUGAUUUAUUUGCUGCCUUCUCACAAGAGAAUACACUAUCUGCCGGAAAUGGGCUGGGUCUACAUGUAACCCAACAAACAAUAUCAUCUCUAGGAGGAGAAAUUCAGGUCAAUUCCCGGAAAGAUUUCGGCACUGAAGUCGUCACUAGGGUUAACCUUUGGCAUCAGCCGGACUUGGCUCCUCCUAAUUCUCCAGAUGAGAUGUCAGUGACCACAGCGGCGAGGGAAUUGACGCGUGGUAAAACUAUUGGGAUCUUGGUGUUGAGAGAUUCGGAGGUUGACAAGACGCUGUGCUCAUCUCUGGAGGCAUUGUGUCGAGAUUGGUUUGAUAUGGUUGUACACACAGCUCGUUCAUCCGAAGCGCUAGGCCAUUACGACUAUUACAUAGCAACCCGAGAGGAUCUGGAUUUGGCGUCGAUUACUCUUGAUCAUCCUCCCGAGCGCCUUUUUUCUCCUAUUAUUGUCAUCUGUUCAACUCCAGCAAGCACGAAAAAUAUGUGGUCCAUUAUACAAGAAAGAGCAGAUGCGGAAGUCGUCGAAUGCAUUUGUCAGCCGUGUGGGCCUCAGAAGAUGGCGAAGACAUUAAAGUUGUGCACCCAGCGUCAACAACAGAGACAUGAUCUAGCUGCUAAAGCAAAAGAUGCGGCUCCGAGUUCGAACGUCUCUGAGCUGCCUCACCGCGCCAGCGUGGCACCUGGUGCCGCUAGGGGGGAAGAUUCAAAUAUUGCAACCAAUGCAACCAAUGCAAAUAAUGCAAAGCCGACUGAAUUACCUGAAGAAGUGGGAACUACAAAAGUCUCCACCCCAUCUACUAAUGAAGUUCCAAAUCCGUCAAAUGAAGCAGCACCCAUCUCCAGUAAGGCUGGCCCUGACCAGGGCGGUCGUUUGAUGGACAAUGAACGAACCCAAAACAGUCAGGUUCCUAAGCCACCCGAAAUCAGCAAUCCGGCCAUUACGGUUCUCGUUGUGGACGACAACGAAAUCAAUGCCCGGAUUUUAACCACGUACAUGAAAAAGCUUGGAUGCAACUACAUGGUGGCAUAUAAUGGUCUGGAGGCGUUUGAAGCAUUCAAGGCGGAGCCCGCCAGGUUCAGCGUUAUUCUCAUGGACAUCUCCAUGCCCAUCAUGGACGGCCUUGAUUCAACAAGGCAUAUCCGUGAGCUGGAAAAACAGCUGCGUACUCCAAAACCUGCAACCAUUGUUGCUUUGACUGGCCUUGGACAAGAAGGUAUCCAGCGCGAUGCAAUAGCAUCGGGUAUGGAUUUGUUCUUUGCAAAACCUGUACCCUUGAAACAACUUGCACAAGUAAUCGAAGAGACAAAGAACACGUUCUUGUCGUGAGCUAUAAGCCUAUACCUUAUACAGCCUCGUCACCUCGUGUAAAAUCCGGACGAAAUACUGAAUGAUCAUGGAAGCUUUAUAGCAUAUAUAUAUAUCGGGGGUCUUGGAAGCCAGGGUGUCUGCACAGUUUGGGUUUGUGUUUCGUGUCUUCGACCCUUACCACCAACUACUGGAGCGGCUUGGGGGGGAGGGCG